CUCACAGGACUGCGAGUGGUUGGAACCUACCCUAUCCUUCCCCUUCCCCUCCCAGGAUAGGCUGGGACCCGGCACCGGAGCUAUCCUGUGGCCGCUGCGGCCUCAGCUCCAGUCGGGCCGGGGUGCGGAGAGUCCAGGCCGCUUCCAGGGCGAGUGCUCCUGAAUGUGACAUCACAUCCAUCCCCUUGGCGAUGGAGCUUGUUACUAGGAAGGAAGACUCAGUCGGACAAUAGCCAACAAGAUGGGUCACUGGGAGCGUCUCCUGAGUGGCACUGAGUGGAGGCCUCAGGGGGUUGGAGCCUUGUGAACAGGGAACCUACCCCCCAACACUUGGAAGGUCCUGGGUUUCAGUGAUGAGACAUGGGGUAUGAUGUAACCCGUUUCCAGGGGGAUGUUGACGAAGACCUUAUCUGUCCUAUUUGCAGUGGGGUCUUGGAGGAGCCAGUCCAGGCACCUCAUUGUGAGCAUGCCUUCUGCAAUGCCUGCAUCACCCAGUGGUUCUCUCAGCAGCAGACGUGUCCGGUGGACCGUAGCGUUGUGACGGUCGCCCACCUGCGCCCAGUACCUCGGAUCAUGCGGAACAUGUUGUCAAAGCUGCAGAUCGCCUGCGACAACGCUGUGUUUGGCUGUAGUGCUGUUGUCCGGCUUGACAACCUCAUGUCUCACCUCAGUGACUGUGAGCACAACCCCAAACGGCCUGUGACCUGUGAGCAGGGCUGCGGGCUGGAGAUGCCCAAAGAUGAGCUGCCAAAUCACAACUGCAUUAAGCACCUGCGCUCCGUGGUGCAGCAGCAGCAGACGCGCAUCGCAGAGCUGGAGAAGACCUCAGCCGAGCACAAACACCAGCUGGCCGAGCAGAAGCGAGAUAUCCAGCUGCUAAAGGCAUACAUGCGAGCUAUCCGCAGCGUCAACCCCAACCUGCAGAACUUGGAGGAGACAAUUGAAUACAAUGAGAUCCUAGAGUGGGUGAACUCCCUGCAGCCGGCAAGAGUGACCCGCUGGGGAGGGAUGAUCUCGACCCCAGAUGCUGUACUCCAGGCUGUAAUCAAGCGCUCCCUGGUGGAGAGUGGCUGUCCCGCCUCUAUCGUCAAUGAGCUGAUUGAAAAUGCCCACGAACGGAGCUGGCCGCAGGGUCUGGCCACCCUAGAGACAAGACAGAUGAACCGGCGCUACUAUGAGAACUAUGUGGCCAAGCGCAUCCCUGGCAAGCAGGCUGUCGUCGUGAUGGCCUGUGAGAACCAGCACAUGGGUGACGACAUGGUGCAGGAGCCGGGCCUUGUCAUGAUCUUUGCUCAUGGCGUGGAAGAGAUAUAGGAGAUCUCCACGGACUAGCAGGAAGAGAUGGAGACCAGAAGACCCAUCACUCCAGCAGCCGGCCCCUGAGUCCUCCCUCCUAUCCACAGUAUAGUGGCCUACGUGUGGGCCGCACCGUUUCCCUGUUCUUCUGGCACUGAAGGGCCCAGGGCAUUCUGCUCAGCCUUUCAGGUGGGAAACCUAGAUUCCUUCCUUUUGCUUAAUUUCUUCCCCUAAGAUGUCUGUAAAUUUUUAGUCAGUUUGGGAAAAGUCCCCACCUCUAUAUCUCUUUUCCUGCCCAGGGUCCCUGGUUCUAGAUAUUUUUAGAAAGCACAAAGAAUUCCUUUUCUCUAGAGGAUCAGGGCGGAAUGAGGACUACCUGAUCAUUCCCCCUCCUCCAAAACCAGGGAAUCGGAGCGGGCAGGCCUGUUGACACUAAACAGCAUGAGAGGGCAGCUCUGGGGAGCAGACAUCCCGAAGAAAUGGUAAGGGUGGAAUUGAAACCCUAGAAAUAUGCAGUAAGGCCAGUAACCGGCCCUGAGACCAGGAACUGAUGGCCCUUACGGGAAGACUGGACCUCUGUGCCAAGCAAUACCCUGUCCAGCCCACCUGCUGGGUGCAGGCUCCUGCUGGUUCUGCAGGUGUGCAGGCUGGGAUGCCGGAAUUUUCCAGAUGAGCUCUGCUUUCCUACAUUUUCUCAAUGUUAGGGAAUGACAGGGUUGGGGGUAGGGGAUUAGUCUGUUGGGGUGGAUGUGCCCAGCAAGCAGCAGCUCUCUGGCUUUUGCUGAAAUCAGGUAGGCACUGCCUACCUGAUAAUAGUUCCAUUGGACCCCUCUCUAGCCCUGUGAUUCUAACCAGUUAUUUUGAUAAUUCCUUAGUUCGUAUUUCCUUCCCUCCCUUUUAUUUUUUUUAAAGAAUGGCCUGGUUAUGGCUACCCCACUUUUCCAGCCCAGCCACAUUGUUGGCAAUCUAAUUUAUUUACUUUUUUUUUUUUUAAGAAAGGAAAAAGAAAAAAAAAUUAACAAAGCUUAAAACUUUCUUUUUGAUGUUCCUAUUUUGGGGAUUCUGGAUAGGGUGGGCCAGGGGUGGGGGAUCUGUUUUAUAUUUUUCCUUUUCAGCACAACCUUUGGCUUUAAUAUAGGAAGGGCCAAGGGAGUCCUCGGCUGAACCUGUCUGCCCCAACCCGCCAUAACCCCAUCUGAGACAAGGCGCUUCCUCUAUUCCAGUGAUGGGUACGACAGUCCAGCAUCGAUGCCUGUGCCCUCUGGAGAACUUUGCUCCCAGCCCUUCCACGGGUCUCCUUGCUAAACUCUGUAUUUAUAGAGUAUUAAUUUUGAAGACAUUUCUACCCCCCACCCCCGGUUUCCUUGGAGAUCCAGAACUGGGUUCUAAGCUGCGCCAGGCAAGAUGGGAAAGACGUGAUGUCUCUUUGCCGCUGAGUACAGGCUGUGCUCUGGCCUCACCCAUGCCCUCUAAGGACUUUAGCUCCAUCUUUGGCUACCUGGACAUUCCUUGAUCCCUAGGGUGGCUGGUAGAGGAAGAGAAAGGAAGGGAUAGAGGGUGUGAUUAUUUUAAUAAGCAGGUGGGAGCGGGGGUUGAAGAGAUAGGGCCAUAUAACAGCUUCUUCUUUCUCUGGAGUCUUAUUCCAGGCCAGCUUGCUAUGGGCCUGGGGAGUUGGGACAUGGCUUCACUGGGAAUGGGGUGGGGUGAGGGUUACAGCUUGAAGGGAGUAGGGAAGCUCCAGGACCUUGUGCUCAGGAAUUUGAAAUCGCUGCUAUACUUAUUCUGGUUACUACAUUUCUUCCGCUCCCCUCUGCCCUCACCUGCCUUACCAAGGCCCAUACCCUCCUGUUGUCACCCUCAGACGGAACCAGGAAGCUCAGUUAAGGCUUCCCUCCCCUUGCACUAGUGUCUCUGCGGGUUGCUGGUUGUGUUAUAUGUGCUGUUCCAUGAUGUUGACUGCACUAAUAAUAAACCUUUUACUCAACUCUCAA